AUGAGGCAGCUAAGCACUGGUACAAGUUCUGGUACUUCACCAACUUCAAACUGUUCAUUAGCGUCUGACACAUUGAAGCUCUCGGAUUAUAACAGUAGUGGAAUGAAGACUGAAACCACAACAACCGCUCUAACCACUACAAAGAGUAUUGCUACGACAGCUGACAUACUAGCAGCAUCUUUAAACACACCGUCAUUGAAUAAACGAAUAGACACAUUUUGCUACACAAAGGACUGUAUGAAAUUGACACCCGUCAAUAUAAAAACUCUAGCAUCACCAAUACGGCAUCCCCGACAUGAAGUUAACCAGAAUAUAAGUGAGAGGAUAAGUGCAGAUGACACCUACAAAGAAAACUUUGGCCUCAUAGCUAGACAGUUGGAAAAACUUUUGGAAAGUUUAAACAUCGUAUUCAGACAAAUUGGUUAUUCUAAUUCGGAGAUCGUAAGUAAAGAAAAAAUGAUCUUCAAUACAUUAUCAGAUUCGAUAACCAAAUUUUCUUAUCAGGCAGAAUCAGAAUUGAAAACUUUAGCUCAGCACAAUGAUUUUGAUCAAGAUAUUUUGAAUCGAAUAUUGGAAAUAAUUGAUGAUAGUACAGGAAUAGACUCAAUAUCUGAUCUAUAUGUAAGGAAUGCUAUAUUAGUACCGAAAAACAAACCAUUUGUAACCUCUCCCAAGAAACCGCUGUCACUUUUAAGUAAAAAGAAAUUACUUCACUCCGGGAAAAAAUUUGUGCUAAAUGCAUAUAUACCAAAACUUUUGGAAUUUCUCAAUCACUCCAUUCAAUUUCAGCUUUUGUACAAUGCGGUCAAUGAAAGUCUGAAAGACCUGCGUGAUCCCAAAAUCUUAACAUCUUUACCACCUUUGAAGCUUGCAGUACAUUUGAAAAAUAUUUUGAGAGAUUCUCAGAAUGAUAUUGAUGCGGUCACUAGGCUUAUUAAGAAUUACAAGGACGAACUACUUGCUGGCAGAUACUUCAACGAUUUAUCUAAAGAAAUGAAUGAACUGAUAGCAGACUCGAUCAAAUUAUAUGAGGUAGAAUACAAAAACAGAUUAGGUAAAAUAACAUCAAUGAGCAGAACCAUUUCAGAUCUAUUCAAGAAGCUUCACGUGGAUACAGAGAAUGAAGUUGAUCCCCAAAUUAAGGACCUGUUAGUGGUGUACUCCACUAACAAUCAUUCAGGGAAAAACGAUUUUUUGCCUGUGCAUAAAAAUAUCACUGAGAGACUGGAAAGUACAUUGAAAGAGUAUCAAGUUGCUUUUGGAAAAAGGGUCGAAAAUAGAGAUAUACUACUGAGCAAAUGUCGAUCACUUUGGUAUAAACUUAAUGUACCGGAUGACUAUGUGAAUAAUUUCUUAUCCGAAAAUUCGACUUUAUCAUCAGUUGUGCUGAUGAGAUUUGCUAAUGAAUUGGAAAAACUAGAAAAUAUGAAGAAAAAAGUCAUCAAAACAUUGAUAAAUGAUGCGUUGCGAAAGAUCGAAGGACUAUGGGAAACUUUACAAUCUGAAGCUCAAGAACGGACGGAGUUCCUUCGUAAAUUUGACUCAAUGAAAUCUACUAGUAUAAAUUUGGAAGAUGAUGAACGACUUUUGGGCCUAUGCGAGAAUGAAAUUAAAGGACUGGAAGAAAAAUUGGCUAUCUAUAUGCCCGUAUUGAAACUAAUCGAAGAAUUCAAACAGUUGCAGGCUGACAAAGGUUCUUUGGAAAAAAGUUCCAAAGAUUCAUCUAGACUUCUUUUGAGGAACUCGCACAAGAUCCUCUUGCAAGAAGAAAAAACGAGAAAAAGAAUCACAAGACAUUUUCCAAGAAUAAUUCAAGAUCUGAAAUUGGGUCUUUCCAGAAUUGAAGAAAUGUCGGGCAAGCCAUUAUACAUAGAUGGAGAGAAUCUUAAUGAAAUGGUAGUAAAACAAGAAGAAGAAUUACUUACUAGAUACCCAAGAAGUAGAGUAAAUCGAGGAGCUAGAAAACCACAAAUUUCAUCUGCCAGCAAACCUGCAGCAAAGAGAUACCAGCCUGAACAGAAGAGGCUCAGACGCAACGCUUCUUUUUCUUUCAGUUAUCGAGAAGACACUAGUGCUAUUGACUUGAAUCAAACACCAGCAACAAGGCUUAACUCUGUAAACAAAUCUGACAGAGAUACCACAGGCUCUACAGAUAGUGACUCAAGCUCUAUAAAAUACACUCAGGAGGUUAGAUUUUCAAGUCCAGUGAAACCAUUCACGAAGUUAUUACCUCCAACAUACAUUGCCAGAAGAUCAGAAUCAAAAAUUCCUGAACCUAAAGUGAAAAAUUUGAAUUCGUUAUCUCUGGUACCUUCUCCAGUAUUUCGACCAAGGAAUAGCGCUCCUAAAAAUGAGAUUGUUCGACCCACUCGGCUCUUUCCAAUUUCUUCAAAUAAAAUUAAUCAAAAUAAAACUUACCAGGCAAAUCAAUUCGAAGAGCUUAUGAAACAAGGAACGGUGUUAUCCAAUGAACAAAUCAAUGAACCUGCUGGAAAGGAAAAUGUUGUCAACUCCACUCCAAAAUUUUUACACGCUUCCACGAAAGACGCGUUUCACUUCAGUAGCCCUUAUAGAGAGUCAAACAACAGCGUUUACAAGCUAUCGAUGUCACCUGAAGGCAAAUGUACUCUUAAUGUUCAGGAAAGCGGACUAACCAGCGGCGUCGACGACACCAGCUUCGUCGAUGACGAAAAUGACAAAUACUAUGACACUUGGAAGAAGGAACAAAUUCUAAAACUCAAGAAUUUUAAUACAUGA